AUGACUGAAACAUGUUCAGUAUCUUUAAAUAAUGAAUCAUUUUUAUAUGUUACACUUAUAAAUGGCAUCCGUGCUUUAUCUUUCUUAACAGUACAUGCCAGAACACCUGAUAUGCGCAAUGAACCUAUUGAUUUGGAAAAUUUAAAAUUCGUGAAAAGUUGCAUACAGCUGCCAGUUGUUGCCAAUGGUAAUGUUAGAUCUCUUAAUGAUGCAGAAGUACUGUAUAGAGAAUCUAAAUGUAAUGGUGUAAUGGUCGCUAGUGGAAUUUUGACUAAUCCAGCUUUAUUUGCUGGAUAUGCAGCUACCCCUACUGAGUGUAUACAAGAUUGGCUUGACAUUACAUCAAUCAUGGAUAUUCAGUUUUUAUCCAUGCACCAUCAUCUUGUUUUUAUGUUGGAAAAAGUGUUGACAAAAAAAGAAAAGUUGAUAUUUAAUGUUUUGAAUAAUAAAAACGAUAUAUAUGCAUUUCUUAAAGACCGUUUUAAUAUUGAACCGAAAACGAUUAGUGAUAAAUAUAAAGUAACAGAUUGUGAAUAUCAAAUUAAGCCAAGAAAGUUCAUCAAACAAAAGAAUAUUGAAGAUGACUGUAAUAUAGAUUUAGAAAAUCUAUUUAUACAAUAAAAUUAUAAUUACGUGUUAUGUAUCUUUUUAUCAAUCUUUAUAAGUUAAAAAAUUGUACAUUAUUUUUUUAUGAUGUAAAUGAGAAACAUCGACAAGUACAUACGAGAUAUUCAAGGUUUUUG